UGUAAAAUGUCCUACGUGUUCGUGAGCGACUCUCUUCAGGCCACGGUGCCGCUGCUGCAGGCCUGUGUGGACGGGGAUCUGGCUCUCAGCAAGCGGCUCCUGGAGUCCGGGGUCGACCCGAACACACGGGACUGCCGGGGCCGGACCGGGCUUCACCUCGCCGCGGCCCGGGGGAACGUGGAGAUCUGCUGUUUACUGCACAAGUUCGGUGCGGAUCUGCUGGCCACCGACUCGCAGGGCAACACGGCACUGCACAUGUGUGGGCAUGUGGACACCAUCCAGUUCCUCGUGUCCAACGGACUCAAGAUUGACAUCUGUAAUCACAACGGAGCGACUCCGCUGGUUCUGGCCAAGAGGCGCGGCGUGAACAAGGACUCGCUCCGCCUGCUGGAGGGCCUGGAGGAGCAGGAGGUGAAGGGCUUCAACCGCAGCUCGCACGCCAGCCUGGAGAAGAUGCACAUGGCGGACAGUGAGAGUGCCAUGGAGAGCCACUCUCUGCUGAACCCGCACCUGCACUACAGCGACGGCGUGUUGUCCAGCUUUCGCACCACAUGGCAGGAGUUCGUGGAGGAUCUGGGCUUCUGGCGCGUGCUUCUCCUGCUGCUCGUCAUCGCUCUGCUCUCGCUCGGCAUCGCGUAUUACGUCAGCGGAGUCUUACCCUUCGCAUCCAACCAGCUGGAGCUCGUGCACUGAAGCCUCGUCAAAACAAUCAUUCCUAAAAUCGCUCAUUAGCUGAUGAGUGUUCCUACAGGAGCUGAUUGUGUAUAACCACGCUUCAAACUGCAACCAUACAUUCUCUCUGUGGCUACAUUUUUUUUGUGUGUAUAUUAAUGUAAAUAGACCUUAUCAUGUGCUAA